AGGAGACUGAAAGAGAUUCUGAUCAGAAGAGCUGACGCUAGCAGCCUGAUGGAGUUCGCGAGGAAGCUGGAAGACGCAAGGAGAGUGCUUACUAACAUGGGUUUCAGUUAUUCAAGUCGCUUGGACAACGAAGAGACCAUAGUCAUGCUGAUGAGAAAACUGCCAGACGAAGGCUUAAAGAGGAAAUGGGCCGACAAGGCUGGAGAUCUUAUCAAGAUAAAGGGCAGAGCUGAGUAUGCAGACUUCGUCCAGUUCGUUAAGAAUACAGCGGACAGAAUUAACAACAGAUACGGACAGGAACUAAGGGUGACUUCCUCGACGACGGAAAAGGAAAGAAGAGAUCCAAAGAAAGAAAGAUCUGACCAAAUAUAUAAAGUCACGACCUUAGCAGCCGUUCAAAGUGAUCAGAGCCAAUGCCUAUCUGCGAUCGCUCACAAAUGCCCACAAUGUUCAGGACCUCACGGAGUUUGGAGAUGCUGGAAAUUCAAAAGUUCUUCUCUAAAAGAUCGUCUUAAGACGGUGAAGCAACACGGUCUUUGCAGAGCCUGCCUUGAAGAAGGACACUGCGCCAAGUCGUGUACAAAGGGAUUCAAGUGUAGAAUCUCAGGGUGCGGUAAGGAGCAUCACUACUUGAUUCACAUCGAAGACAGCGAAGGAGAUCGCGUGAAAGACAACAGCAAUUCAACUCGGAAGAGCGUCGAGAAAAAUGUACAAGUAAGAGAGGCGACAUCAGGGAGUCAGGAAAGAACAAACUCAGUAAAGACAACAACUAGUCAGUCAACGCCUUCGACCGUCUACCCAAAUGCUAUAGCAGUAGAGCCAAGUGAUCCCGUCACAGUCAGCGCACUAGAAGUUUGCAGACCGAAAGUAUGCUUCAAGGUUGUACCUGCCAAGGUCAGCACCCCUCAGAGUGACAAGCAGAUCAUCACAUAUGCAUUCUUUGACAGUGGUUCGGACGCAACUCUCUGUAUGGAGAGCUUAAUAGACGAAUAAGAGAUCAAAACCAAGAGGCAAGCAAUA